UUCCUUCAACUUUAAAUACCUUCUUAUUGCUCUUGCUAUUUUAGUGUUUCCUCUUGUAGUUUUGACCUGCCUUAGAACAAAGACAUGUGGAAAAUGUGCCUGCAUGAGGAAGAUAAGAUUCAUAAAUCUGUUGGCUUGCACUUGCAGUCCCAUGGUUUUGUAGGGUACAGCGUGUGUGUGUCCCAGAUGUGAAACCAGCUGCUCUGUCCAAUCACAGAGCCCGAUACAUAAACCUCUUGCCAGAGAGCAGGAGUUGGAUGUGUUAUGACUCACAUUGAAAGCUUAAUGCUGCUGGUACUCUUUUUUCCGUUGCCCGUCGGAUCUACUACUCUGACUGCAGGCAGUACUACGUAUGCACCGGGCACCGUCGUCCGAUCCCUGCUUUCCUAAGCCGCUAGCCAACACUGGAGGGGCCGUCCCCAUGCAUGCGUCGUCGCCACUUUAGCCGUCUUCCGUUUCUCUUUCCCUCUAUCGCGCGUCCUUUGCCUAUAGAGAGGAUAUCAUUCAUUGUCUGCUUUACGAGUGCUGAGUCAAACUGUAUAUGUUGUACGCGACUUCUACGAAGGAUAUAUUUAUGCCUGCGCAUGGCAGCAUUUGAGUGUGUUUUGUUUUCUUUAUUUUUUCCCAUUCUGGAUUUUUACUAAGGAAUACUUUCACUAUUUUCUGGAUUCUUGUAAAAACUUCUGAAGCCAUCAAUCAUGGUUCACACUAAUACAGUGGUGGUGACCAGCCACCAUGCCUCCUAAUCGCAAGCCAGAAGACACUCUCUUGAAGAAACCCCUCACGCUGGGUCUCAGCCAAAGUUUCCCCAGUUCUGCAUUAUCGACUGCACUGAAACAAGUCAAAAUCGAGAUGGAGGAUACAGAUUUGCCCGACCUGAGCAGCAGUUGCUUUGGAGCCAUUCGAAUGGACAAGGGCCCUUUGGACGACGAUGAACUAAAGCCCCUCGGGUGGUUGCACACCACGAAUGUUCUUAAAGACAUCAAUUUGGACGAUGACGAUGAUGACGAUGAGUCGUACUCAAAGGAAAACGACGUUGGUAGCAAUACGUAUAAUGGUUAUGGAUACCAGGACGAUCCUAUGGACCCACAUCGACAUAUUAACAGCAAACCUCCUUUUUCCUUCAGCUGCCUCAUAUUUAUGUCGAUAGAGGACUGCCCUCUAAAGCGUCUUCCCGUCAAGGAAAUCUACAGGUACAUUCAGGACCACUUUCCAUACUUCCGCACGGCGCCUACGGGCUGGAAGAACUCGGUGCGACACAAUCUCUCUCUCAACAAGUGCUUCCGAAAAGUCGACAAAAUCAAGGGACAAUCAUUAGGUAAAGGUUCAUUAUGGUGUGUGGAUCCCGACUAUAGGCCCAACCUUCUUCAGGCUCUGAGAAAGACACCGUACCAUCCUUACCAUCAUGUCCUGCCGUACUCGCCCUAUGGUUUCUCAGGAGGACCCCUCUCCAACAUCUCAAGCAAUCAAAACAGGCUUUCUACAGUUCUCUCAGCUUACAAUGGAGUUCCCAUUCCAGCUCACAUAGCAUUGGUAGAGAGACUUCUCAACAGCCAACCGACUCAUAACCAGUCUCAUCAAAAUGGUCUCGAUCUCGAAUCUGAGGUUGACGCUGCAGCUACCAUGAUGAUGUUCAGAACUCCUCCAGACAGGAGACUUGCUGAACAUGACAGACUAAAGAGGGAGUCCUACCCAGGGGCAGGACCGUUGGCCAAUCAGAACCUCUUUAUCAUGGGCGGACUAGCUCCGAUGCAAGCCAGACCAGAGCAGCCUCACUGGAGACCCACACUUAACGACCUCGCAGAGACGGCACUCAACGAGCUCGGAGACAAUGGAGUGAGUAGAGUGGCAGUGACACCAGAGAACCGAGAGAUGUUGAAGGCCAAGUGUACCCCUUCACCAGACGGUAUGGACCACACCUACAGCCUGAGUUCGUCCAUCAAGAUACAGGCCGAUCAUGGCUACUCCUCGGAUCCUGGUGAUGUAGAGAUGAGCGAUUUCAGUGACGAGAGCUUCGAGGAAGAAUCAGACAUGGAGCAGGAAUCGAGGAGGCUUGGCGAUAGUGGUGUCCACUUCCAUCUUGAGGAAGGCAAACGAGUUGACGAAAAAGGAGCCCCAUUGCCACUCAAGAAGCGUCCUCCCCGGAUGACAGAAGAAGACAAGAGACUCGCCGAUGCCCUCCUGAUCCUGUCUGGUAUCGGUGCAGAGCCGAUGCCCGCUAAGGAAGCAGCUAGUCCCAGCGCAGAAGCAAGUCCAGGUCCAGAGGCUAGUCCAGGUCCAGGUGAAAGUACAUGUCCAGAUGCCAUGGUGACGGAAGAAGUCCUGGAAGCCUCAAGGUAGUGAAGCCUGAAUUGCACGGUGAUGCGAUGUCAUGAAGACAAUCAAAAGACUAUGACAAAGAUGAACAAUAACAUAGUGAUUAUGUUGAGUGGAAAAUGCCGGGAUAAAAACUUUUUAAGCGAUUGGUAUUGGUUAUUUCCAAGGCCAACCUAUCGACUUUUCUUAAUUGUUUUGUGUUUACAUGGAGAGCUAUCACCUGUUCAGCGAAUGAAGAAGUCGCAGAUCCAAGAUGUUUGGAAUAUCUUCUAAGGAUUUGUAUUUUGUCUGUAGGUGUGUAGGAAACUCUUGUUGGAAUGCUCCCCAGGGAGUGGAGGAAGUGCAUACCUUGUGUGCAGGCAAGCCAGAAUCUGAUGAUCGGGAUAAUAAUAAAUAUGUAAAGCGCUUAAGAGACAUUGUGUCAGUGUAUUAAGUGCUAUGUAAGAGCAGAAUAUUUUUCCUAGUAUCUGAGCAGUGGAGAGACAUUCAUAGGAAAAUGUGAACCAUUUUUUGUUGGUGUGGAAAAUUCAUCAGUGGUGUGCGGCUUUCUGGCAAAAAAAAAAGAUAAAUACCAUUGGAAGGAAGCAGAUGGAUUUGAUUUUCCUUGUACUUUGUUGUGAUGAGGGGAAUUUUGAAAAAGAUUGUUUUCGGUACAACUCAAGAAUAAAGAAUAACGCAUCUCAAAUGAGAAAUUUUUAACCUGAGACUGUAGAGCACGUUGAAAGAGCUUUUUUGUGCAAUCACGUUGUAUAGUUUACUUUCAUUUUCGUUUGCAAAUGAAACCAUUUUUGUGCCCAUUGCGUAUAGAGGAUGAAAAGGGGGGUUUCAUGUGAAGCCUCUUGUCAGUGAAUUUCACUAACAAAUUUGCUCUGAGCCAAUAUAAAGCAAGUAUUUCAGUAGCUUAUAACAAUAGUUGAAUUGACUAUUUAUUUUAUGAAAUCCUCCAGAGACAAGAUUGGGCUUGCUUUUAUAAUGACAAAUUCUCUUUCUUAGAUAUUCCUAAAAGAUAGGAAAAAAUUGGAGGAAAAGAGGUAGUUACAAAUUCCCGCUGAGGUAUUUUUUUAAAAGAUGUAGUUCAAGAAGAAUGCUAUGCCACUCUGUUAUACUUUGAUUAGUGUAACCCCUGCAUAAAAAUUACAAGACAAAUUAUUACAAGAAUUAUAAUAGAUAACUAGUUUAUCAAGCAAAUUCUUAACAUACACUGUAAGUGAAAAAUGAAUAAUUUUUUUUAAUUUGGUAUAUGCCAACAAGGAAGAGAAACCUCAACAAAUGAUUUUUGUCUCCCUUUUGACAACUUAAAACAAACUGCAUGGUUUAAUAGGAGAAAAUGUACUUUCAUUUAAUUUGAAAGACAUCAUUCGGUUCCAUUUUCAUUAAUUUAAUAUAAAUCAAUAGCUUAAGUUUCAGAAAGCUAAUGAUUACAUGGUAUAUGAAAGGUUGGAUUUUUUUUUUCUGCUGCAAAGUUAAUGGUUUUGAGCAAGGUGUAUAUACAUAGAAACAUUUGCCGUAGAAAGAACUUCGUAUAUAGACUGUAGAUGUAGGUAGUUUAGUCAUAUCUCAAUAAUAGUACAUAAAUUGUUUUAAUUUCUUAUUUCUCGCAUUAGUUUGUUAGAAAAAGUUGUGAGCAUUGGACAAGUGCUUCCAUCUUGUAAAUACCCGUGUUUGCUUUGAAAGCAUAGAUGAGGGAUUUGUGUGUAAAUAUGUUGUAAAAAUAUACAAUUAUGUCUGAAAGAUUUUAGUACUUUGUUGUAAGGGAAAAAGAAAGCUGUAGGAGAAGGGUUAAAGGUCAUGCAUUAGAUGCUCUUGUUAGGUCAAAGGUCAUAUGUCAGAUGCCGCAAAUGCUGCACACCAUUCGAUGAUAACAGAUAAAUGAAAGACUUAAAUUUGCCGAGUUCUUGUUUUUACAUACUUUUAAUGUCAUAUGAAUUGAUUAAGGUGAUUACAAGGAUUUUUUAAAUACUUAAUAAGGCGUUUGCUCUUAGGAAUGUAUUUUUCUUAAAAGAAUGUUAAUUUAAACACAUUUGAAAACAUCUCAGCUGGAUUGAUUAAGAACAGGUUAUUUAAUGUUAUAAAAUACACUACUUCAUACUUUUUGAGAGUAACAAACAAAUGGUAGUGCCAAAAAUCAUUGCCAAUAUGAUCACUAUUUGAAUUAGAUCAAAAUGAAAUUUUAUCUCUUUUCCAGGAGGUCUUAAUUUCUGUUGAGUCUUGGUCCGCAACGGUAAGGAAACCAAAGAGAAAUGUCAUGGUAGUAAUCUGAUCAGAAAUGAUUUACUUGUGGAAAUACAACUGAUAUGAUAUAGGUAUUGAAUUGGUGAUAAUUGUCAUCGAAAGGGAACAAAUAUGUUUUUGUUGUAGUCAUCAGUAUCAUUUUCAAUGCAACAUGAAAUGCAGCUCGAUGAAAAAUAUUUCAAGUGCAAAUAGUGUGAACAAGUAGAUAAAAGUUUUCCAAUUUUUUUGAACAAUUGCUGAAAUGUGGAGCUUUAGAACAACAAACACGUGCGGUGCUAGUCGUGAUAUACUUCCCAAUGUAGGAUUAAUGUAGUGUUUUUUGUUAUUUUCAUUUUUUUUUAAGAGUAAUACAUGAUGGGAAUGGUGCAUUUCUUGGUUUUCCUAGUUUAAAAAUAUGGUGCUGGGUUAUGAAUAUCAAGCAGUUUAAUAAACAUCAGGUGAACAUUUUAGUGCUGAUUUGACAUUUACAGUAAAACAAAUUAUUUGCCGUUUAGUGGGUAAUUUCUUUUUUGUAAGAUUUUAUUGCAGUUGUUAUUGUAAGAUAAGAGCAUGGAUGUCCUUAUGAAUAGAAAAAAUUGCAAGAUUUUUGUGACAGUACUAAAACUGGAAGGAUGAUCAGCUUAUGAGGUGGCUCACUAUAUUACAUAAAUUCAAAGUUUUGAAUCCUUUUUAUAUUUUGUGACAUUUUUUUUCCAGGUCUUGUUUUGAUAAUCAUGGUCAUAUACACUCAAAGUUUAUUGGCAACAUUAUCAUUGAGAAACGAUAACGUACUAAUUGUCUCUAAAUUUCCAUCAUUUUGGAAUAUUCUAUGAUGUUUAAUGAGCUAAUAAUAGAACAAAUCCAGAGUUUGGUUAUAAAACUAAACUAGGCAUUAUCAUGCUUUAGAAUUUUCAGCGAACACAUUACUGUAUUUAUGAAUCAUUCGAGUAUGUUCACCGUGCUACUAAUGUACAUGAACUAUUUGUUAUAUGUACAUAGAGUCUUCCCUACCGCCAGUAUUCAGAACUGAAAUUUGCUUUCUUUUGUACAAAUGAAGCAAAGUUAAACAAAAUUAUGAACAAAUUAUCCGAAACGAUCUUGGCCCUGAGCUGAAAUUGAGAUAUUUAUAUGUAUCUCAUCAAAAGAAUCAAAAUCUAAUUAUUUCAAUUAUUUGGAAAAACCCAGGUUUGCUUUGUUGAGCAUUUUUAUUUGCGCUGUGCUUCCAUAUCAGUUUACAUUUGUUAAGUUACAUUAUGAAAUGUAUGUCAUUGGUAUUUAUGAAUGUAUUGAGGCACUGUUAUUUUAAUGCACUAGCUAACACUGAACAAAUCUUAAAUCAGAAGUAAACAAUAUUAUGUUGAUCUGAUUUUCUUUUUUUCUGUAAGUUUAUCUGUAACCGGGGGUGAAAAUGAAGGGAAAUUCAAACAAAAAUGAAAUUCUUAAAUUGUGUUAUUUUGUAUCGGUAAAUAAUAUUUUUACCAUUUUAUAGUCGGUCUGCAUAUUAGAAUUAUUCAAGGGAAUUUCUUUUUAGCCAAACAGUGAUGCCACAUUAUCAAAAUUGAAUGAAGAGUGAAAGCGAUUUUAUUUGCCAAAAUAUUAGUUUGAAAAAUAUAACUAAAUUAGACUUAUAUUUUUUGCUUAGACUAUGAUAUUGUACAGUAGCAAUUUCAUUUUUCUUUUUGUGCAUUCAUUAUUCAACAUUAUUUGUUCAUUGCUUUCAAUUAUCUCUCUGUCACGUCGUGCAAUAUUAGUAGUAUUAUGUUUACUAACUCAAUACGUUCUUGCAUACGUGUAUUUUUUAAAAGUAAUUUUAGAAGUAGAUCAAACUCAUCUUGCACAAAUCAUAGUGAUUAUUUGCAAUUUUGUUUGGGUUUUCCUUUUUAUUUUGGAAGAGAAUUUUUUCUCCUUGUAGGUAGUUUUUUUUUUUUAAGUUUGGGAAUCAUUAUCAAUACCAGCUUUACAAUAUUUAUUGUUGUUGUAAUUAUAAGUUUUAUAUAUUUUUUAUUGUCUUUGGAACUGCACCUGGUGAUUUCAUGUGAGAAAACAAAUCCAUAAAAGCCUGAGAAGAAAACAAGAACCUUUUAUCAUCAUUUGUACAUCUUUUAUCAUGUUUUAAAGGGAUAGUUCAUCUUAGAACUUCCCAAAAUUAAAUUUUAUUAUUAUGUAAUCUUGCAUGACUCGGAUAUUAUUUUUACAUCUCGAACCGCCCAUUAUCAUCAUCACCUGAAAGGCCUAGCUUGGUCUGGAACCAGACAUUGCACUAGAUUUAUCAUCGAAAUUCCUCCCAUCAUAAAAAGAUUGAGGAAAAUAUUAUGAUGAUAUUGAUGAUUCUCGUAAUUUUGAACUAAUCAAAGCUUUUAAUUCAUGCAAUUGUUUCAAAAUCAUACAUUGGGGUAGUAGAUAUGUGGGAUCAUUUAUUUAUGGGACAAUUUUGUCACAAUCUACGUUCAAUUCUUUUAUGUUCUUUAAUCAGGGUUGUGUUCAAUUUUUAUUUAUAUCAUGAGUAACUUGCCACAAUUAUUACUUUUUUUUUCUUUUCUGAAAUUAUGUAGUAUUGCCGAUGGAAAAAGAAUGUUGCAAUCCACGUGUGUUCUGGGUAAUUUCUUUUCUUCACAAUUUGGUUUUGUGUGUGAGUGUGAUUAAAUUAUAUAGAACUUUUAUAUCAGGAAAAGCAAGUUUCAAUUUUAUUGUUUGAUAAUUAUUGUCAUAAUAAAACCAUUUUUUGUGAACAAACAUUACUCUUAAUUUUUGACAAGAUACCAUCAGAAGUUAUCUAAAAUAUGUCCAGGAAAUGAAUUUUCAGGUUUAUAGACAUGUGUACACAUUGGGUUUGACUUAUUAUUUUUUUAGAUGUAGAUUAUUUGUUAAUUUUAUGCGAAAAAAAUUACAGUCCCAAAAUGAAAAUCACUUCAGUUCAAAGCGUUUUUAUUUGUUUUUAAGAAGUACUUUAUGUUUAGGAUGUAAAAUGUAUUAUACCAAGAUUUUAUUUUUCAUUUUUAUCUAGGACUACUGAUUAAAACUGGUAAGAAUAAUGUAUUAUUACUGUUCAAAGUAUUUUCUAUGUGAUGGUUAUGUAAUUUAUCAUACAUGAUUUAAAGAGACGGUUCGAUCAAACUUGUUUGUAGAAUGUAUGUUGUACCUCUUAGAUCCAUGAAUAUUAUUUGGUAUACAUAUAUUUUUUGUAAGUGCAUAGUUUUUUUUUUCUAAAAAGAAGGAGUACUGAUCAAGAAGAAAAGGUUUUGAAGUUAUUCUAUUACGUUAUUAUCCAGUGAUUUUCCUUAUUAUAUGAUAGUAAUGUUGAUCUACAUCUCAAUAUAUAUUUAUUCUUACUAAUCAUGAUAGAGACUUACGGUGAUUUCUAUUUUGCGUACAACAAACUUCACAUCAGGUAUGACCUAUAUUUAUUCAUCACAAUACAAUAUGUUGGGAAUAAAUUUGAAUAUCCAUGCAUUUAUUUAUCGCAAAACAAUAUUAAGGGAAUAAAUCUGAAUAGCUAUUUAUUUAUGCUAAAAUCUGUCAAAGAAUGUAUGGAUGGUAUGUACUCUAAAAGUUAGGAAAUAUGACUAUGCCUUUACCUAUCCUGACUACAGUUCUCAAUUGAUAGGUCAGGCAAGAAAGUGAAAGGCGAUAACGAACAAACACUUGAAGAGCCAUGUGACCUCAAAGUGUAUCAUUUUAGCACCAUUUUUUCCCCUUUUUGUAUUUGGUACCAAAGAAAUAUUUGGUAACCGUGUAUUAUUGUUAUUCAUAUCAUUGUCUCGCAUGCUUUGUACACUUACACAAAAUCGUAUAGUGCAAGUAAGAACUAAAAAAAAAGAAGAAAAAACAUUGUACAGUAUAUUGUAGUUAAGAAUAAUACUUCGUUCAACCUUUGUAAGAAACUCGUUGGGAAAUAAAUGAUAAAGCAAAAUGUA